UUUCUCUUGCUGUUACAGAGACAUGUGCACACUGAGAAAAAUGAUAAUGAAAUGAAUUAGGCGUUACUUGGUUCACAUGAUACACUGCAUGAGCCUGUGAUUUACAGAUUGUACGACAGUCAGGAGACAAAGAGAAAGAGACGCGCGACACUCAACAGCUCUCCAUGAUGCUUCUCCACACUGACGGAAAGCCCCUUACAACUCCUCUCAGAGCUCUCAGUGCUUUGGUUUUCCUUCUUCUCCUGACACACCACUGUAGAGGUCAGUCUCAGCUGAUUGGCUCAUCUCAGCCAAUAGUAGCAAACAUUGGCGGUGACAUCAUUUUGCCGUGUUAUCUGGUGCCGGCGAUAAAUGUUGGCAAUUUGACGUUGGAGUGGACGAGGCCCGACAUGGACCCCAGAUUCGUCCAUGUGAUGCGUUCUGGUCAUGAGAUGGUGGAUAAAAAACACAAAUUAUUCAAGGGAAGAACAUCAAUGUUCACCGAUGAGCUGAAGAACGGAAACAUUUCUCUGAAACUCUCCAACGUACAACUCUCCGAUCAGGGGAAAUACAGAUGUUUCAUUCCAGAACUGGGCCGGCAAGCAUUUGUUCAACUGGUUUGUGUAUCAGCUGCUGCUCUCCCACCAGUCGUAACGUUAUCAGGGCUGGACGGUCAGAGUGGAGGAGUGGUGCUGCAGUGUGAGUCUGCAGGCUGGUAUCCGGAGCCUGAGGUGUUGUGGCUGGACGCUGAGGGAAAGCUCCUCUCUGCUGGACCUCCAGAGACAGUCAGAGGUCCUGAUGACCUCUAUACUGUCAGCAGCAGAGUGACUGUGGAGAAGAGACCCAGCAACAGCUUCACCUGCAGAGUCCAGCACCACAACACCAACAUGCAUACCAUACAGACGCAAAUCCAUUUUCCAGAUGAUUUCUUUAAGCUCCAGUCCAGUUCUUCUUCCGUCAUUGGUAUGGCCGUCAGUUUGGCUGUUUGCAUUCUGUUACUGCUGGCAGUUUCUUUCUUCUUUUUGUGGAGAGAACACAUAUUCAAGACAAAGAGAAAGAGUUCGGAUGAAGAUCAGUUUCUCAAUGAAGGAGAAAGAGGACAGCUGAUGAAACCUGACGCUGUGCAGAUGGAGGCUUUGAAGGGAAACGUAGACAAUCAGAGCAAACAAAAAAAUCAAUCUGAGCAGCAGCUGCUUGAGGAGCAGAGGAGGAGAGAGGAAGCUGAGAAGGAAGUCCAGACUCUGAAAGAGGAGCAGAGGAGGAGAGAGGAAGCUGAGAAGGAAGUCCAGACUCUGAAAGAGGAGCAGAGGAGGAGAGAGGAAGCUGAGAAGGAAGUCCAGACUCUGAAAGAGCAGCUGCAGAACAAGAAGAAAGAGGUUGAAUCUAAAGAGUCUGAGCUGCAGGAUCUCCAUGCAGAGAAACAGAGGAACCAGAACCAGCUGCAGAGCCUGAAGGGAGAUCUGCUGAACAAGAACAGAGAGCUGGGGAGAAUUCAGAAGACCAUAAAGGAAGUGUCCAAACUUGAUUCGACUAUGAAAGAAAAAGAACAGAAGAAGAAGAAGGCUGAAGCUGAACAGGAAGUGGAGACACUGAAGAAGAAGCUGGAGAGCAGACAGAAGGAAACAGACACCAACAUCACAGAGUGUGAAGUGAAGGAAGCUGAAGUCCAGCAGCUGCAGGAGGAGGUUCAGAGGAUGGAGACCAGCCUGCAGACCCUGAUGGAGUCCAUCAUCAUGGAGCUGGAAAGAAGCCCAGCUGCUGAAGCCAGUUCUUCCUCCUCUUCACGGGUAAGUGGGUUCAGAUCAAUACGAUCAAUACUCUCUUCUGGUUUCCUGACCUACAUAAAGCUUCCUUUAUAA